AUUUUAUAAUUUUCGAAGUUGCAUUCUCCCGGUGUAUUUAUUUCCCCCUUUUCUGUUUUUCUCCCUCUUCUUCUCCCCAUCUCUCUGCAAAUCUCCCUACCUCUCUUUCGACCCCAACCAUUUUCCUUAUUUUCGUCUCAGUUUCUUGAAAAUUUCGGCAUUUCCUCCCUUUUUCUUCUUGAAUCUUUCAUUCUCAUUUCUACUUAUUCCCGUCAUUCUCCAUUUUUCCUUUUUUUUUUUUUUUUUGGAUUUUCUUGGUAGCUUUUGGUUUUUGAUUUUGCAUGCAAAAAGCCCUUGAAACUCGGCGGCAAUGGCGUCAGGGGCGGCGAAUAUAGGGAUGAUGGACGGUGCAUAUUUUGUUGGGAGGAACGAGAUUCUCUCAUGGAUCAAUGCCACCCUUCAACUCAAUCUCACCAGAAUCGAGGAGGCUGCAUCUGGUGCCGUUCAGUGUCAAAUGAUGGAUAUGACCCAUCCAGGAGUUGUUCCCAUGCACAAGGUGAAUUUUGAUGCAAAGACAGAAUACGACAUGAUUCAGAAUUACAAAAUUCUGCAAGAAGUAUUCACCAAGUUGAAAAUUGACAAGCAUAUUGAAGUUAAAAUGCUGGUGAAAGCACGGCCAUUGGACAACCUGGAGUUCCUGCAGUGGCUAAAGCGCUACUGUGAUUCUGUAAAUGGCGGCAUUAUGAAUGAGAAUUAUAACCCAGUGGAGCGUAGAUGCAAGGGGGCAAAGAAGCGGAAUCUAAAGGUUUCGCAGAAAGGUCCAAAAUCACUGCAAGCAAGCGACUUACCAAACCACAGUUCCGUAGAUGGGACAGGGAUCCAUAUUUCUGGUCCUGAGCAAGUAAAACUAUCUGCAGUGUCAGGUGGGGCAAAUUCUGGAGGGCAGAUUCAGGCAUUGACUGAACAGAUUCAAGACCUCAAGCUUUCAGUGGAUCAGUUGGAGAAAGAAAGAGAGUUCUACUUUGCAAAAUUACGUGACAUUGAAAUCCUUUGCCAAUCUCCCGAGUUGGAAAAACUUCCGGUGGCUGAUGCGAUUCGAAAGAUUCUAUAUGCGGCUGAUGCAAAGGAGUCUGCUCUUGCUGAAGCUCAGGAACUCUUAACGACAGCGAUGAAUGCUGUAGUAGGAGGAGACGGCGAUUCUGACUAGACAAACAAUGACAUUUUGUCUAGCAAGGCCAGGCAAGGGACAACUCGACCCUCCCUAACCAAUGGUCCAGCAUUGGCUCCUGUCCUUUACGCCUAUAAGGGAUGAAGAACCCAGACUCUACUUGCAAAAAUGGGACUUUGUUUUUUCUUUCUUUCCCCCUUUAUUAUCCUAGGCAUAUUUGUUUUUCCCUAAUGUGCUGGAUGUUUUGCUAAUUUCCAUCAUCACUAAUGGAUAGCAUGUUGUUGGAAGAAGUUCCACAUUAACUAAUCACCAUUACCCACCCUGCCCAUGAUUGAAUCAUAUCAUCGAAAAGGGUACAUUGAUGAUG